CGGUGCAUUUACCACUAUACGGAAACUUUUGUUUCCGGUAAUAGAAAAAGAAAACAAAGAGAAAUCAAACCCAACACGGUUCUGUCUCUCAACUUUGAUUUUCAUUCCUUACCUUUUUUCCGAAUUCGCUGGAGAAAAAAAAACUGAAAAUGGGAAUUACAUCAGAUAUUAAAGAUUCUUUGUUGAACAAAAAGCAAUCAAUUCUGAUUCCAACUUCUUACGAAGAACAGAGAAUUCUAAAUUCUAAAAGGUGUACUCAAGAAGGGGUUAGGGCUGGAACUAAGGCUGCUGUUGUUGCAGGUAUUGCUACUGCUGUGCCUACGUUGAUUGCUGUUCGAAAGGUUCCUUGGGCGAAAGCUAGCCUUAAUUAUACCGCUCAGGCACUUAUUAUAUCUGGAGCUUCCAUUGCUGCAUACUUCAUUACCGCAGACAAAACUAUCUUGGAGUGCGCAAGGAAAAAUAGUCGAGAACAGUAUGACAACCUGAAGAAAUAGCUUAACGCCCAAUGGAGCCAAACCCGAUUCUCCUCUAUGCCUCAAUUCUCUGCUACCGCUUGAACUUUCUCCUCCUUUUAAUAGAGCAGUUUGGAAUAGUUUCAGACUUCAUUUUGUUUUCUUUUACCAUCAAGAAGAAUAGGAGUUGCAAGUUUUAUCCAUGUAAUGUAUAACAAAUCAGUGAAUACUUUUAAGUUAUAAUAAACUGUGUACUAAGAUUAAUCCUCGGAUCGCCGCAAUGACUUUGCUGAGUUUGGCUUUAUGUUUGUUCUCCA